AUGUCCAACGGUGCGUCGGCGGCGCCAUUAGCAAAGGCCGAGCGAGACGUCUCUGUGUUGUGCGGCGGGGAAGAUUCUGGUGCUGGCGGUGCAUCAGGAAGGCCGUCUUUUAUGGAAACAGUGCCAUCUGCCAUUGUGUUUGGAUCAAAGGAUGAUACUCAACAUGAGCGAGCUGAUAAUGCUAUGCUUCGGGCUGAAAAUGAGAGGAUGCAAUGUGAGAAUAUAGCAUUCAGAGAGGCCCUGAAGGACAUGAUUUGCCCCUCUUGUGGAGGUACCCCCUUUGGGGAAGAAGAACUUGCCCUCCAUGUCCAAAAGCUCCAGCAAGAGAAUUUUGAACUCAGACAAGAGUAUGAGAGAGUAUCAAACAUUCUUGCGAGGUGCAUUGGCAGGCCAGUAUCAGAAAUAGAGUCUUCUGUGGGUCAUAAUAAUUCCUCGGCCGCCGGAUCUCCGCCGCUGGAGGAUCUCUCACCUGGAAAUUCCCUGAACCAAGGGAGUACUGGAAGUCCAGCAAUUAGUCUUGACAUGGACUUAGGUUCUGCUAUUACAGUUUCAGAUGAGAAUAUGUUGCCUUCCUUAAUGGGAGAAGUCACAGACGUGGAAAAGGAUCUGAUGUUGGAGGCUGCCAAUAAUUCCAUGGAUGAAUUACUAAAGCUUAUGCCGAUUGAUGAGCCCUUAUGGGUGAAGACUUCCAUUGGUGGUCACUUUGUUCUUUAUCGUGAUAGCUAUGAAAAGCUAUCUCCUAGGGCUAAUCACUUCAGAAGUUCCAUUGCUCACAGAGAAGCAUCUAAAGAUUCGCGAAUGGUUUGGAUGAAUGCCAUGCAAUUGGUUGACAUGUUCUUAGAUCCGGACAAGUGGAUGAAUCUGUUCCCCACAAUCGUUAGAAGAGCUGAAAUACUUGAAGUGCUUGAUGUUGGAUCACCAGGAAACCGAUCUGGAGCUUCGCAGCUGAUGUAUGAAGAGAUGCACAUUCUGUCGCCUUUGGUGGCACCUCGGGAAUUCUGCUUCAUUCGCUACUGUCAACAAGUGGACGCAGGUGUGUGGGUCAUAGCUGACGUGUCAUUCGAUUCCUUAAGAGACAACAUCCCUAUCUCUCGUACUUGGAAGUUCCCUUCUGGUUGCAUGAUUCAAGAGAUGCCCGAUGGCUUCUCCAAGGUUACUUGGAUUGAACAUGUGGAAGUGGAUGAUAAAACCCAGACACACAGGAUGUACAGGGAUCUUGUUUCGGGCGAUCUUGCUUACGGAGCAGAAAGAUGGGUUGUUACACUUCAAAGAAUGUGCGAACGAUUUAUGUUUGCAUUGGAUGAAAACACUCCGAUGGAAGAAGCUGGAGAAGCGAUCAGUUGUGGAGAUGGAAGGAGGAGUAUAAUGGAGCUGGCUAAUCGAAUGGUGAGGGACUUCUGUGAAGUUCUGAACAUGUCAGGAAAGGAGCACCCUCAUUUAUGUGAGGCGACUAACAAUGGGAUUAGGGUUUCUAUUCGGAGGAGCACAGAACGAGGGCAGCCUGAUUGCAUGGUUGUGACUGCUUCAACCUCUCUGUGGCUUCCGGUUAUGCUCCAAACUGUGUUUGAGUUCUUCAGCGAUGAUACAAGACGACCUCAGUGGGAUGUUCUUUCCAGUGGAAGCUCAGAGAUUCAAGAAAUCGCUCACAUCUCCAAUGGAACCCAUCCCGGCAACUGUAUCAAACUUAUCCGGCCUUUGCACCCGGAUGAGAACGAGGUGCUGAUCCUGCAAGAAACUUUCACUGAUACGUUGGGAUCUAUGCUUGUGUAUGCUCCCAUUGACAUGCCACUGAUAAAUAUGUGUGUGAGGGGAACGGACACUUGGCUGGUGCCGAUCCUUCCGUCAGGCUUUGUGAUCUCCCGCGACGGUUACCGGCGUCAUCCCGGCCCGUUAUUCGUCGGAGAAUGUAGCAGCUCAUCAAGCUCAAACGACGGCUGUUCAUCGGCAUCAUCAGGAGGAAGCAUUCUCACUGUGGCUUACCAGAUUUUGGUUUGCAGCAAUCAGACGAUGAGUCAACUGAACGUCGAAACUGUGGCCACAAUCAACUCGCUCCUCAGCUCAACUGUUGAGAAGAUUAAGGAUGCUUUGAACUGUGCCGGUUCGGAUUAG